AUUAACAUAAUCUAAUCUGUUACACUUCAUAUAUAAAUCUUGUUAGUUGGCGCUUUGAGUAAUGUCUGAUUUUGACUACUUUUUAACUACUCAGUUUAGGAUAGCUUGCGAAAUUCAACCAGUUUUUUUUUUAAGUCAUGGCAACUGAACGCUUGAAGAUUCGAACUCUUCCCUCGUUCAUAGAGCUGACAGCAGCAGAUCAGGCACUAUGCCUGGAAAGCUAUCGAGCGGAACAGCUCGAUGAUAAGAAUCUAGAGAAUAAAUACAUGAAGCGUACCGCUCAGCUAAGGAAACGAGCUAGCCCCGAUUCGAUAGAUAACGAAUGCUUUCUCUGCUUUGAUGUCUACCCGAUGAAUUUCAAAUACAGCACAAUACUCUUCUGCCUCUGCGGCAUCACACAUCAUGCGUUCCACGUGCUAUAUGUGAAUGUCAUUGAGGAUACCCGGCUUGAGAGUCUCAGUCAGUUCGUAUGCGAUCUGUUGGCCAAUAUGAUCACCACUGAGAUGCCAAAGCUGAAGGAAUUCUCGCUGAAGUUUAUACUGUGCCGCAAUAAUCCGCUCAACAAUACGGUUCUAAAUCAGUUUGCCGAAUCGACGACGACGUCCAAACUGUUCAAUACGUUUCCCUUCAUUCUUGAUACAAAUGUGUUCCGACAAUCGCAUCCGCAUGAUCCUUACGUCCAGUUGGCAUGGAUCGAGAUUAUGCUGGGCAAUAUUCAACAGAAUACGGUUGGGGAGAUAUUCCAAAAGCAUCGCGAAGCGGCCAGAAUCAAAAACAAUGCAGAACUAAAACAGUUUGUUGACGAUUUCUGUGGCUUAGCCAGAGACCUGCUGGACUCGAGAUUUUCGGUAAAUCUCCGUCUCUGCACCAUGGACAGAAUGGACUACUUUGAGCACAUAAUAAGCGCCCACAUGAAGGCCCACAAGGAGACCAACUUAUCGCGCUCAUUUCUUUUUGACUUAAUCAGAGCCCUAAUACACAUUUAUGGCCACUGAGCAAUAAUUGGUUCUCUCCAAAAUUGGCUAGAAAUACGAAAUUGUGAGUGUGACAAAUACAAUUCAAUUAUUCCCAUCAGCA